AUGUAAGAAGAAGGCCCGCCAGAUGCAGUACGAGGUGCGCUAUGUGUCCAUCUCGACAUACCAUCACGACUAUCUUGGUGUGAAGAUGGCCAAGGAAGGCGCGCGGAGGAUGGGCAUUACCUUGGAGAGGGACGAGUUCUUGAAGGUGUUACCAAAUUGGUGUUAUGGAAAAGACGAGUCCUGGGCGGCAUUGGUGGAUCUUUGGUGUGAUGAGGCUGGAGCCUGGGCGGCUAUGAGAGUCAAAAACAAGGCUAACCAAGGGAAGGAGGGAAUACAUGCUCAGGGAAACCGAAACCACUAUCUCCACAAGGCAGUUAAUGCGUGGGAGAUCGCCCAUACGCGGAAGGACCCCAAGCCUGGCGAGCCCAAGUACUACGGCAAGAAGACCGCGCAUAGGAAGAAGGCCUACUCCGAUGGGUAUCUGGCGUUACAUCCUGACACACCUGACGCCAUUGCGGCGGAUCUGGACGAAAGGGUGGUGGUGGGCAUGGGGCCGAAGGAGCACGGUCGGGAGGCGUUUCUCGAUGCUGUGAUCACUCCUACUAUCUCCUACACAUAGCUCCGUUGGAUCGACCCGACCCUGAGCCAGCGCACGAGCACGCGCAUGAGCAGUGCACCGUCACUGUCCCUCUUUCAGGAGCAGCAAACUGCCUACAUGGAGUACACACGCCAGGAGACCAUGGCGUGGCACGACCGCCUUCAUGCAUACCAUCAACAGAGGGAUCGCGAGAUGCAGCACGCUUUUCAGGAAAUGGCGGCCGGCAGGUGUCCUCAAUGGCCAUCAGCAGAGGGUCCUCCAGCACGACCAC